UGGCAACCAAUCAAAUUCUGAAAAGCCCGGUGGGGAAUCCUAGCAAGAUGUCGAAUUCUUCACAAUAUUUGUUUUGCGUUUGUAGAAUUGAUAUUUUUUGGGCAAGAACGGCUUAGAACAACGAUGAAUUUGUACGAGGAACACUAUUCUAUUAUACUCUAGUGGCUAAAGCAUGUUUAAUUACAUUUCGAAAUGCUUUUCCCGAAUAACGAAGCGAGAAUCGCGGUGAGUUUAUUAAUAGCGUUGUAUUUAUUUUCUUGUGUUCUUGUCUGAAAAUUGGACCGUAAUUUGUGACAUCUGUGUCUUUGUAUUCUGUUGUUGUUGAUGGGUUUAUUUGGUGGGCGACAGGCUAGUAAAUGGUUGUCAAUUUAAAGCUUUUACUACAAAUGAUGGCCAGAACUGGCAUUAUUUUUGUCGGUCUGAUACAACUAGAUUUCUAUACAAGAUUCUAUACAAGAUUUUGUUAAUAUUUGUGUUGCUUUUUUAGAGAGAUAAAGCUGCUUAUGUUAGGCGUGGAUAAUGCCGGGAAAUCAACCAUUAUUAAUGAUUUGAAAGGAGGUAAUGUAACUAGAAUUGUAUGGCUAAAUAUAUACCCAUUCGAGAUGUACAAAUCCGAUCCAAAAUUGACAAUUGAUAUAAUAGUUGUAACUCCAUAUGUCUUUUAUCUGAAAUGAUAACAUGCAGGAGAAACCUGAAGCCAAAGCCACUUCACGCUAACACAGAGUAGAGACAUACAGAGACGUAACUGACCGUCAAAAACACUGCGGAAGACUGCGCGUGCCAGCAAGUUUAACCCAUUAAGCACCAGCGCUCACCCCUUGACCAGUAAAAUUGUCUGGCGUUAGACAGAGUAAAAUACUAAAGUAGCGUGCAUCAGGGUGCAAUGCGACUCAAUGGGUUAACUAGACACAUGGGCAGAUAGGCCAGUUAACCCAUUAAGCGCCAGCGCUCUCCCCUUGACGAGUAAAAUCGUCUGGCGUUACACAGAGUAAAAUACUAAAGUAGGGUGCAUCAGGGUGCAAUGCGACUCAAUGGGUUAACUAGACACACAGGCAGAUAGGCCAGUUAACCCAUUAAGCGCCAGCGCUCUCCCCUUGACCAGUAAAAUCGUCUGGCGUUACACGGAGUAAAAUACUAAAGUAGCGUGCAUCAGGGUGCAAUGCGACUCAAUGGGUUAACUAGACACACAGGCAGAUAGGCCAGUUAACCCAUUAAGCGCCAGCGCUCUCCCCUUGACCAGUAAAAUCGUCUGGCGUUACACAGAGUAAAAUACUAAAGUAGGGUGCAUCAGGGUGCAAUGCGACUCAAUGGGUUAAAGUGAGUCGUCAUCAGGUCGUCUUCCAAUCAGAUGCAUGCAUCUAGUAACUUGCCGAGCAUGUGCAUGAAAAACGUGGGUACACUAGUUACGUCUCUGUAUGUCUCUACUCUGUGACGCUAACGCCAGCGUGCUGACGUAUGUGUGCUGAUUUGUGAUAGAUGUGCCGGAUACCGGUAUCCAAUAUUCGGUAAAAUUUAGACAUCCGGCACUAUCCAGUAUAAAUUUGCCAGAUAUUUAUCGGGCAGUACUGUAAGAUAUUUUCUUACAACCAUGAAACGGAAUUGACUCAUGUAUUACAAUGCAACAGUUGGACUCGAAUCAUGAAGAGAACAUUGAUAUUUUGUAAACAGUGUAAAACUUUCCGCCGUCAAAAUGGGGACAUUUAGUGACAAAGACGUUUAAAUUUUAAAACUUGUUUAUGUAAUGCUUAAAAGUUCUUGUUAUAAUUCACAAAUAGAAUAUUUUUUUAAAGAGCGCUGCCCCCGAUUGAACGCCCCCGCCCCCGAAUGAGCACCGUCAUCUGAAGCUCUGAGAAUUUAAACAGCGCCGCGGCGCUCAAACGAGUAAAUACGGUACUUGAAAUUUCAAUCUUUGAAAAAAUAAAUUCCAUAUGACUUUACCUGACUUCUUGAAUUCAGUUUUCUAUUUAAAUUGACAUUUGGUUUCAAUUCAGAUAAUUCGGUCCAUGUCCAAACAGCUCAAUUGUUGCCGAAUGAAUGCAACAAUUUGCGGACUCGUUUAUGAGCCACUCUCGCGUUACUCCUUGAUAAAUAGAUUUUAUUGCCAUCCCAAAAAUAUGGGUUGAGUAUCUUUAUUGUAAGGUUGAAUGUACACAAUGUUUUGCUCCAAGACAUAAGUUGAAUAGAAUGUUGUUUUUUUGUUCUGUUUAGAAGCAAAAGAGCCAACAAUUCCAACUAUAGGAUUCUCCAGUGCAGAGUUUAAGCUGUUAAAUUUUAAAGUGACGGCGUACGAUGUCGGUGGGGGUCCUCGGAUCCGAGGAAUAUGGAAGGAUUACUACGCCGAGGUAGUUAACAUUAAACCUAUUUUAAUCUUUUGAUUCUCUACACGAUCGGCUGACGCACAGGAUCUUAACCCAUUGAGUCACAUUCUGCCCUGAUGCGCCCUACUUUAUUAUUUUACUCUACUGUCUAAUGCCAGACGAUUUUACUCGUCAAGGGGAGAGUGCUGGUGCUUAAUUAAAGGGUUAACUGGCCUAUCUGCUCAUGUGCUUACUGCUUAGGAUUUAAUAUAUUAGGAGUGUUUCUGAAUUUCAGGGUGUGUUGGCCCAAGGCAGAUCUAGCCUCAUCUGCAAGAAGGGGUACAGGUUUUCCAUGGGGUGGUGCAUGAGGGAGCCUUACUGCCCACUCUCCUCUGCAGUCUGCAACGCUACCAUCCCAACAUCACCAUUAUUGGAGAUGGUCGAAUCUGCAUGUUCACCGUUCUGUUGCAUUUUAUAUUAUCUCUUGUUUAUAAAGUUUCUAUCAGCUUUUUAUCACAUAUGCAUGACUGGACAGUUGCUGUAGCACUGUACAGUAAAUUUGCUUGUUAAAGUUUCUCUGAGUGUAUAUCCACACCGGGCGAGCUUGAAAAAUAUGCCUGUCCACGGUGGGAAUCGAACCUACGACCUUUGGAAUACUAGAUGAAUGCAGAGCAUUGGGCUAGUAUUCCAAAGGUCGUAGGUUUGAUUCCAGGGUUUGAGAUUAGAUUUUUUUGUAGGUAUCCAUCAUGGAUACCAGCAUUUCUAUGUUGGUAUCCAAAGUCAACAUGUGGUAUCCAACUUUGACACUGUAUGUGGAUGGUCCAGUAAAUUAAAAAAAGUUAUGUGACACCACCCGUUCACCUGAUAUUCAGAAUCAAGUUGUUGAAUCAAGAUAUUGAAGAUAAUUGUUUAAGGUGGCUCGAUAUAGUUAUCACGAAAACCCUGCUCAAGAAUCGCGAACUCAAAACCGGGUGACCAUUUUUACGCGCAGGUCGCGGAAACUGAUUAACAAAAUGACAGAACUUCCAAAAUGACCUGACGUAAGCAGCUGCUCGCGCCAUCUCACGUCAUUUCGCGUGUUCUAUAUAGCGUUUUAUGUCAAUUGCUGACGUCAUUAGAAUUUUCCAUUUUAGAAAAACAAUGCGCUAUAUCUCUUCAUUUUGUCUGGUGACCUAUGUUCAAAUUUUGCAUGCUGUAUUGCACCGCUAAAAACUUUCAUUAUACAAAAAAUAAAAAAAUUCUGUAAUGCCAAAAAAAUUUUACCGAAGAAUAUGACAUUUUCGCAUUUUCCAAAAAAAUGGCAUUACAGAAUUUUUUUAUAUUUUGCUAAUUGUUAGCUUUUCGUCCAAGUGCAAUAAUGCAAGAAAAAAAAUUGGGGGUCACCAUGCUUCUUUUCCAAUUAUACGAGACGAUAGGCUAUUUUGGAGUGAAUUUCGUACACGUAUGUCGUCAUAGCAACGAACUAUAUGUUACUAAAACUAAUAUAAUUUGAAAGUAGAGAUAUCGAAAUAUAUAAAAAACCCAAUAUCUGCUGAAUAUAUUCUAAAAAUGCAUAUUUUGAACAUUUCAAAGUGUUGAACACCUGAAUUUUUGAAAACUGUAUCGAGCCACCUUAAGACGUUCGCCAACUCCCGAAUGACAUCCCAUAUUGACGCUAGCCCCAUCUGCUCCAUAUCCGACAGCCUUCUUGUAUAGAUCUUCUUCGCGGACACACCACCAAAAUCCUUUACGGUUUCUUCAAUUACUUUCGUCAUAUUCUCGGCAUUUGCUCGUUCAAGAUUACGCAGAGCCAAGAAUCGAUUACUUAUCUUUCCUUUAUUACAAUGCCUUACAUACAAGAUCUCGGCUUCGCAAACAGACGUGUCCGUAGUACCAUCUGUCAGGAUACUGUAAAAAGGAGUAGUUGACAAUUCCGAAGCUAGUUUAAGACGCUCUGCCUCGGCUAUAAAAGCUGUAAACUUUCGCCCAGCUCGAUCAUUUCUGUAAGUCUCGCCAAGUUUUAUGUUGUGCGUUGUUUCCUGAAGAUCUAGGGCCCACUCGUAGUCCGAAUACGGUCUCCCGUUCUUUGCUAAAGAGUGUGAAACUCGAAACAUCACAGUCACGCAUUUUCUCGAACUCCUUUUCGUGCAGUACUCGUAGUGCUCUUUCAGCAGGAUUUGUGCCCGGUUCGGCACUAAGAGCUUUAACAUUUGCAGCACAUUUAACAUGCCCGCUACUCGUGUUGUGCUUUCGAAGUGAUUUGAUGUGGAAAUUAUCACAUCCUUUAACAAACGCACUUGAUUUAUCUGCAUGUUUAUUCUUCCUGCAAACAUCGCAAAACAUUUUUUUGUUGACUAACCUCACCCAAGGAAAUUCUUUUUGCCACAAUGGAUUGAACUUGCGCUUUUGUUUCGCAUUUGACCUUUCGCUUUGAUCGAUAUUAAUAGCAUCAUUUCGUUGAUUGCCUUGAUCCGUAGGCAGUAUCGAGGUCGAGGAUGUAGUUGACCCGGUAAACUCUUGAACUUCCCCAGAAGCUGAAGGAUUGUCGCCUUUGUCGGUCGGAUUGCGAACAACAAAUUUCCACAUCAUUUAAUUUAAUACUUUUACUACAUUUUGGAAAAACUACAGUAUAAAACCUUUGGGUAAAAAAGCAACAAACACUGAAACAGGAGGCCGCACAAUUUGUAAAUAAUAUGACCAUAUAAGGAUUUCUGGAUGGAUGUUGACAAUUAUAGCCUGACACACGUGCCUAUGUGUAUAUACAACCUUAAUCCUACUUUUAAUUUUUACCGUUUCGAAAUUCGUAAAUUAUGAUAAACAAAUGCUUGAAUGUUCUCGGUUUCUUUUGGUAUAUACAAUACUUUACUUUAUAUAUUUUGUAUUCUUUAACUAAUACAGUAAUAGCCAUAUUUUGGUAUUUCAUCAACAAUUUACUUAGUAUCCAGCUAGGAUACCAAGGUUAUGACAUUUGGUAUCCAAAACUGAAAUCUGGUAUCGUCAGGAUACUAGGAUACUGCAAAUCUCGAACCCUGUUUGAUUCCCACCGUGGCCGGGCAUAUUUUUCAAGCUCGCCCGGUGUGGAUAUAUACUCAGAGUAACAUCACAAGCAUCAUAUUCACCUGAGUACACAACACCAACACAGAAAAAAUCUCAACAUGUUUACAUAUUUAACCAUGAUAUUGAACUAAAGCAUUCUGAGUAUUUUCUUGUGAGCUCACAAUAAUUUAUUUUGUUUCAAGAAAUCGACACACGCUAACAGUAGAAGUUCUGCCAAUUGCUAUUCGAAAAGCACUGGAAAUGUAUGGUCAAGCAGAUUUUUUAGGGUAGCGCUGGACUUCUCUAGGGGGAUUGCUAGACACCACUAGGGGGGGUGUGCACCCCACUGCAUCUUCAUGAUAGAUCAAAUCGAGCGGACUAAUUAAGCUGCAUUGCACCUGAUGUGCUCUACUUUAUCAUUUUACUCUCUCUAACGCCAGACAAUUUUACUUUUGAAGAGCAAGUGCAGUCAGUCAAUGUCAAUGAGUUAACUGAAGCUUUAUAAUAUUCCAGAUAUAUGGUGUGGUGUAUGUCAUAGAUGCCAGCGACCGUGAAAGGAUUGCUGACUCGAGGACUGUUCUACGUGAAGCUUUUUCCGAUUCAAGACUCGCAGGAAAACCUUUUGUUGUGUAAGUACCACAUUCGUCUCUCUGUACCGCAUACAAUUUGAAGUUUGCUUUGAAUUUUAGGUUAACCUUGCGUUAAGCCGAUCGACUUUCGAACAACCAACCCCUAGUACUGACGUAUUGUCGAUUUCAAGUCACUUUUCAACGUGCAGUUCCCAAGUUUGUUGCAAACUUGCCAAUUACGUUUCCAAGUUCGAAAAUUGGGCGUGAACUUCACAACAAAGUUUGCAAGUACAUUUCAAUAUUUGAACUAUAAUUGUAAACAAAUGUUCAUAGUUCAAGUUGAAAUUAACAUUUCAUUGGAUUUCAAGUUAUUGCUCUAGUGGGCUACCAAGAAGGUAUGUAUUUUAUUGAAUUGAACAGAAUGAGGUUCGAACAGUGAGAUGUACUUAGUCUUACAAAAGUCUAAGUAACUUAGUCUUGCGAAGUUUGUGCCCAAUUUCCAAACAUGGAAACGUAGUUGGCAAGUUCGCAACAAACUUAAUUGAGAACCACGCAUUGAAAAGUGACUUGAAAUUGACAAUAAGUAAGUAUCACUCAGAGCCUGUUCAUAUAAUGAGCCAGGUUUAUAUCCCACCUAAGAGCUCAACAACUGGCAUCUGUAACAUGGCUAAAUUUUGAGGAGAGGUGCACACCUCCCUACCCUGGAUUCCAGAGCCUUCGACAGUAAAUAAUAAAUUGAAAUGUCGCGAAGGCUCUGGUUCAACGGGGCGAUUCUUUGAUUAAGCCGCGCCAAUCACAAAACAGAAUUAGUGGUUUUAGUACAGAUUCUGUACUAAAACAACCACUAAUUCUGUUUUGUGAUUGGCGCGGCUUAAUCAAAGAAUCGCCCCGUUGAACCAGAGCCUUCGCGACAUUUCAAUUUAUUAUUUACUGUCGAAGGCUCUGGAAUCCAGGGUAACACCUCCCAGGCUGUGAUCGUUUUGCACCUCCCCUGAAAAAUCAUGCACACUCCCCUUGGGAAAAUUUCAACAAUAGAUCAAAGUGAAAAUUUACCAUUUUUUGAUUGGUUACACUUCCAACACAGAAAAAAUCAUGGUUACACUUCGUAAGAACAUUUUUUUGUCAAAUUGAUAGCCAUUCGUCUCUGUGUCAACUAUACCCCUUUAAUGUGAUGUUUUGAAACAAACUUUGUAAUUGUAAUGAAGGGCACAAUUGGAUGAGUUGUACAGCAGCGAUGUUUUGCUAAUUUUAGAAGUGGGGGGACGGUCUUGAAAAUCAAAUGGGUGUGGUCACUCGAUUGGGUGUGGCCUCAUGCACAGUCAUAGUGAACAAGUACAUACGCAUUAGCUUGAUCUUUGAAGUGGAUUUAGUAUAACAUGUACCUAAAAAACACCUAGCUUGCAUGUGGUAGAUGUCAAAAAGCAAAUAAAACCACGCUGACUUUCGAAUUUCGAUGAUGCAAUUAGCGCUAUGCGAGUAACUCGGCAAACAGGCAACUUUGCAAGUUGAAUAUGACGUGACGUUUUCGCGAGUAACUAAAUAAGCUUAGAUAAUAGAUUUCCUCGAAUUUUUCCCAUUCAAUCAUGUUAAUAUUCUUAUUGAAUCAUUUUAUGUCCCCAUUGAUCAUUUUAAUGUUCAUUUGAAUGUUUAAUUUCGCGAUUGCGCGAGAGACGUUUUCCGCGCUUAUGACUGGUAAGUACUUAUCUGAGUGGACGUCAAUUAUCAGACUCUCGUAUUUUUGUGCUGGUCUGUUAGAAUUUUAUGCAAGUAUAUCAAAUUUCAGGGAGAUUAAAAUAGUGAAACAAUUACGUUCUGAAAUAUGUCUACGUAGGACGCUGAGCAAUUAUUGCCAAAUAUAACACGUAUAUAGAACAAGUGAUGCCAAAAUUAUUUGGAUGGUGUCAAACGGUAUUCACUGAACUUUACUCAUAUUUAAUCCCCGCCAGCGGGAACGGCGUUCCCCCACGUUUGAUUUUGGCAGGGGGGACGCCGUUCCCCUUGUAAAAAAGGUGGGGGGACGGCGUUCCCCCGCGUUCCCCCUGGAAAACAUCACUGUUGUACAGUCAUAAUUCAUUAAAUACACUUGUCUCGUACAUAUGGCUACAUGCAUAUGUCACGUUCUUGACUUUGGCCCAUUCUAAGCCCUAACUUUCCAUGGGGGUUGUGCUGCUGCACCUCCCCUAAAUUUUUUUUCCACCUCCCUCACUAUUUCCACCAAAAUCCGGCCUUGCUCUGUAGCUCAGUUGGUUAGAGCGCUGCACCAGAGUCGCAGGGCUGCAGGUUCAAUUCCUGACAUAGGGCCUUACUCCUUAGUUGCAUUUUUCCUGGUUGGAUGUAAUAAAUUUUCACUUGAUAAUUUCCAUCUUGAUAAUUUCCACAAGAUCCUUCAAUUGUACCUAAAAAAAUUGAGCUUGGUUAGGUCUACAUAUAAAAUUCAAAAUUCAAUUCACAUUAUUAAAACGCUUUAAUAUUGUCUGUUUAUAUUGUAGUGUUUAUUUUUUGUUAAUGCAUUUUCCAUCCCUGGUGAAAUUUUACGUGUGUAGAACAUAAACGUAAAACAUUGUGAUGCAUGCAGAAUAUCUAACUGCGGUAUUUCACAUGCAUGUAGGUUUGCAAACAAGCAGGAUAUUGAUGGCGCAUUAUCAGAAGAAGAUAUAGAGCUUCAAUUUGAACUGGAACAGUUAGCUAUGAAAUGUGGAAGUCGUUAUAAAGUCGUGAGUAUCAAUUUUGCAAUGUUAACAUUCUCUUUGUAUAGCGAAAUGAUCCAGUGUUACUACAGGAGGAAAUUUAAACUAUACUAACUUUAUUUACUGGAUAGCACUGUUUUCCCCGGAGGUCCACUAAGGAUUAUCUUUUAUUGAUUCAGUGAACAAGAGGAAACCUAAACUAAAGUAACUUUAUUUCUACUGGAUAGCUGUUUCAGUUCUAAACUGUUCUCCAUAGAGGUCCAGUAGGGAUCAUCUCUUAUUUAUCCAGUGCUAUUACAGGAGGAAACCUAAACAAAACUAACUUUAUUUAUACUGGAUAGCUUUAUCAGUUCUAAACUGUUUUUCCUAGAGGUCCAGUAACGAUCAUUUCUUAUUGAUCCAGUGUUACUACAGGAGGAAACCUAAACUAAACUAACUUUAUUUAUACUGAAUAGCUCUAUCAGUUCUAAACUGUUCUUCUUAGCGGUCCAGUAAGGAUCAUCUCUUAUUGAUCCAGUGUUACUACAGGAGGAAACCUAAACUAAACUAACUUUAUUUAUACUGGAUAGCGUUAUCAGUUUUAAACUGUUCUCCCUAGAGGUCCAGUAAGGAUCAUCUCUUAUUGAUCCAGUGUUACUACAGGAGGAAACCUAAACUAAACUAACUUUAUUUAUACUGGAUAGCGUUAUCAGUUUUAAACUGUUUUCCAUAGAGGUCCAGUAAGGAUCAUCUCUUAUUGAUCCAGUGUUACUACAGGAGGAAACCUAAACUAAACUAACUUUAUCUAUACUGGAUAGCGUUAUCAGUUCUAAACUGUUCUUCCUAGAGGUCCAGUAAGGAUCAUCUUUUAUUGAUCCAGUGUUACUACAGGAGGAAACCUAAACUAAACUAACUUUAUUUAUACUGGAUAGCGUUAUCAGUUUUAAACUGAUCUCUCUAGAGGUCCAGUGUAAGGAUCAUGUCUUUAACAGCAGUACUGGAUAGCUAGCUCUAUCAGUUCUAAACUGUUCUCCCUAUCAUUCGUUUCUCUUUUCAUUCAAGUUUCAAUGUACAGCAUUACUAAAUGGUGGGCGAAAAGUUGACAGUCAGCUAAAGAAAGGUUUGUAUAGCAUGUCCAAAUUUUUAACAACAAUCUAAAUUUCUAGCUUGAACAUGGUCGAAAGAUUAAUCACAAAUUCGAGACGUUUUUAGUACCGAACUCGCGUUGCCGUUAACACACACGCAUGCAUGCAGCGACGAAUCCAACAGGAAAUAAAUCAUCUCGGCUUUGGACAGUAUCCAGAAACUUUCAAUCCGGAAACAGUAGAAAUUUUGUAUUUGGAAAGACUUCAAUUUGAAACAAUUCAAUGCGCAAAUAAUUACGUCCACCAGUCCGCCACUUUUUCUAGGGGCUAUCCUACUGUAAGAGCUCUCGGCUAGCCUACUGUACGAGCUCUCAUCUUUUAUUUACAACGCCAUGUUUUUUAAUUAAUAUUUUUAAGGUUUAAGUUGGUUGUUGCAAACGAUGAAUGAAGACUUCCCCACGUUACAGGAGAGAGUGCUGAAAGAGAUGGAAAUACAGGUAUUGACAGCUUAUUGUAGAAUACUACCUACUGUAUAAUGGACCACCACGUUUGAGAUAUCUUUUUCAGGUAGUUCAGACACAAACCAUGACAGCUUAUUGUAGAAUACUACCUACACUGGACCACCACGUUUGAGAUAUCUUUUUCAGGUAGUUCAGACACAAACCACGACAGCUUAUUGUAGAAUACUACCUACACUGGACCACCACGUUUGAGAUAUCUUUUUCAGGUAGUUCAGACACAAACCACGACAGCUUAUUGUAGAAUACUACCUACACUGGACCACCACGUUUGAGAUAUCGUUUUCAUGUAGUUCAGACACAAACCACGACAGCUUAUUGUAGAAUACUACCUACACUGGACCACGACGUUUGAGAUAUCUUUUUCAGGUAGUUCAAACGCAAACCACGGCAGCUUAUUGUAGAAUACUACCUACACUGGACCACCACGUUUGAGAUAUCUUUUUCAUGUAGUUCAGACACAAACCACGACAGCUUAUUGUAGAAUACUACCUACACUGGACCACCACGUUUGAGAUAUCUUUUUCAUGUAGUUCAGACACAAACCACGACAGCUUAUUGUAGAAUACUACCUACACUGGACCACGACGUUUGAGAUAUCUUUUUCAGGUAGUUCAAACGCAAACCACGGCAGCUUAUUGUAGAAUACUACCUACACUGGACCACCACGUUUGAGAUAUCUUUUUCAGGUAGUUCAGACACAAAUCACGGCAGUUUAUUGUAGAAUACUACCUACACUGGACCACCACGUUUGAGAUAUAUUUUUCAGGCAGUUCAGACACAAACCACGACAGCUUAUUGUAGAAUACUACCUACACUGGACCACCACGUUUAAGAUAUCUUUUUUAAGUAGUUCAGACACAAACUACGACAGCUUAUUGGAGAAUACUACCUACACUGGACCACCACGUUUGAGAUAUCUUUUUCAGGUAGUUCAGACACAAACCACGACAGCUCAUUGUAGAAUACUACCUACACUGGACCACCACGUUUGAGAUAUCUUUUUCAGGUAGUUCAGACACAAACCACGGCAGCUUAUUGUAGAAUACUACCUACACUGGACCACCACGUUUGAGAUAUCUUUUUCAGGUAGUUCAGACACAAACCACGACAGCUUAUUGUAGAAUACUACCUACACUGGACCACCGCGUUUGAGAUAUCUUUUUCAGGUAGUUCAGACACAAACCACGGCAGCUUAUUGUAGAAUACUACCUACACUGGACCACCAGGUUUGAGAUAUCUUUUUCAGGUAGUUCAGACACAAACCACGGCAGCUUAUUGUAGAAUACUACCUACACUGGACCACCACGUUUGAGAUAUCUUUUUCAGGUAGUUCAGACACAAACCACGACAGCUUAUUGUAGAAUACUACCUACACUGGAUCACCACGUUUGAGAUAUCUUUUUCAGGUAGUUCAGACACAAACCACGGCAGCUUAUUGUAGAAUACAGUACUACCUACACUGGACCACCACGUUUGAGAUAUCUUUUUCAUGUAGUUCAGACACAAACCACGACAGCUUAUUGUAGAAUACUACCUACACUGGACCACCACGUUUGAGAUAUCUUUUUCAGGUAGUUCAGACACAAACCACGGCAGCUUAUUGUAGAAUACAGUACUACCUACACUGGACCACCACGUUUGAGAUAUCUUUUUCAUGUAGUUCAGACACAAACCACGACAGCUUAUUGUAGAAUACUACCUACACUGGACCACCACGUUUGAGAUAUCUUUUUCAGGUAGUUCAGACACAAACCACGGCAGCUUAUUGUAGAAUGCUACCUACACUGGACCACCAAGUUUGAGAUAUCUUUUUCAGGUAGUUCAGACAUAAACCACGACAGCUUAUUGUAGAAUACUACCUACACUGGACCACCACGUUUGAGAUAUCUUUUUCAGGUAGUUCAGACACAAACCACGGCAGCUUAUUGUAGAAUACUACCUACACUGGACCACCACGUUUGAGAUAUCUUUUUCAGGUAGUUCAGACACAAAACACGACAGCUUAUUGUAGAAUACUACCUACACUGGACCACCACGUUUGAGAUAUCUUUUUCAGGUAGUUCAGACACAAACCACGGCAGCUUAUUGUAGAAUACAGUACUACCUACACUGGACCACCACGUUUGAGAUAUCUUUUUCAGGCAGUUUAGACACAAACCACGGCAGCUUAUUGUAGAAUAGGCCUACUACCUACACUAGAUUACCACGUUUGAGAUAUCUUUUUCAGGUAGUUCAGGGUUUGACCCAAAUUGAUUCCAUGAUCGUAUAUUUGUAUUUUAGAAAGAGGCAGACAAAAAGGAAAGAGCAGAACGCAUGGAGAGAGUGAGAAAGAAUCGAGAGGAAAGGUUUGUGGGACAUAUCUCUUUUAUUAUACGGUUUAUAAUGUAUGUUUGUUCGACAUCAGAAUGAUCGUGUUCA